GUUCGCACUAUGCUAGUGAUUUAGUCUAGUAGCAAGUAAUUUAGUAGCUAAAUUACUCGCUACUGGCCCAAAAUCGUUCGCACUUCGCUUUAGUGUUUAGUUUAGUUUCAGUACAGUUUACAAGUGAGUGGUGUCUUGUAAGAUGAACAGCCUACAGCGUAAUAAAGUGAAUUAACUGAUUAAGUUAAUCUUAUCAGCGAUUUUAAAAGUGGUAGAAGAGGAAAUUUGUGUCAUUGGUAAAAAGAAGCUGUGGAUAAGAAAAUGGAUCGAUAGAAGAGACAAACUAGGAGUUACUAAUUGUGUUCUGAAGGAAUUAGCAUUGGAAGAUCCCAAAGAAUACUUCGAUAGUUUGAGAAUGUCUGAAAGUUGUGUAAAUUUUCUGUUAAUGAAAAUACAAUCUCAAAUUCAGCGUGAAAAUACCCUUUUGAGAAGUGCGAUUCCCGCAAUUACAAAAUUACAAGCAGUUCUAUACUUUCUUGCUACUGGAUGCAGUUUAAGGACACUCACACACAUGUUUAGACUCGGAAAAUCAACUAUUUCCGAAUUCAUCAUUGAAGUUUGUGAAGCAAUCUAUGAAUCACUAAAGGAAUUUAUCAAGAUUCCUACUACUACUGGCUGGAAAAAAAUUGAAAAUGGUUUUCGAGAACAGUGGAACUUUCCAGGAUGCUGUGGAGCAAUCGACGGCAAACACGUCGUCAUUAAGGCACCCCCUGAGUCAGGAAGUUUAUACUAUAAUUACAAAGAGACAAACAGCAUUGUCUUAAUGGCAGAUGUAGAUGAUAAAUAUUGCUUUAGUUAUAUAGACGUUGGGUGUAAUGGAAGGGUUUCUGAUGGAGGCGUAUUUCGUGACUGCAGUUUGUACCAAGAAUUAGAAAACGGUGUUCUACCAGAGGGUCAUGUCCUAGUUGGCGAUAAUGCAUUUCCUUUGAAAGAAUAUUUAUUAAAACCAGGAAAUCAAUUAACACUACAGCAAAAAAUUUUUAAUUAUCGUUUAUCUCGGGCUAGAAGAAUAGUGGAAAAUGCAUUCGGUAUACUAGCUGCCAGAUUCAGAGUGUUUGAGAAACCAAUGCCCUAUAGCCCUGAGAAAGUUGUUAAGAUAGUGAAGACCUGUUGCGCUUUACAUAAUUGGCUCCGACAAACAAAAUCACAGAACAAACAGUAUGAAUACACAGUAGAUACAGAAAAUUAUGAAGCAGGAGCUGGUAAUUGGAGAAAUGAACCAGAGUCUCUCGGAAUGCAACCGCUACCAAUUUCUUUAAGUAACCGUUCAUCCCAAAGAUCUAUAGAUCGUCGGGAAAAAUAUGCAAAUUAUUUUGUCGGAAGCGGAUCUGUCCCUUGGCAGGCACGAAUGAUACAUUGAAAAUUACCAGCCCACCAACACCAGAGUUUAAAAAUAUUGUAUUGCACUGCAAUAAAAUAAUAGGUAUGAGUAGAUAAGUAGGUCACUUAGUGUCAGCAGUGAGGUUAAGUUUCGCAAGGAUGCAUCCAAUAAACUGAACCAUUUUACAUAAACCGUGUCAGUCCCAACGCCUGAAUUUUUGGAGUCCUUUAUUUUUUUUAACUCUUGCAAAUAGGUCGAUCUAAAAAGGAAUGGUUAUCGUUAGGUAAAACUAAUUCUAAAAACAAUAGUAGUAAUAAUAACUAAGAACCUAUUAUAUUAUUGUAAUAAAUAUGCUGUUGAAAUAAAAUAAUAAAA